GAUUUUGUUAACAGGGCACAAGGCCAUCUCUCAGCUCGCUCAGAACUGCUUCUGCACCAACCAUGGCCACCUUCGUGGAACUCAGUACCAAAGCCAAGAUGCCCAUUGUGGGACUCGGCACCUGGAAGUCUCCACCAGGCAAAGUCAAAGAGGCUGUGAAGGCAGCGAUUGACAUAGGAUAUCGCCACAUCGACUGUGCCUAUGCCUACCUGAAUGAGAAUGAGGUUGGGGAAGCCAUGCAGGAGAAGAUCCAAGAGAAAGUUGUUAAGCGGGAGGACCUCUUCAUUGUUAGCAAGUUAUGGUGCACCUUCUUUGAGAGACCCCUUGUGAGGGAAGCCUUCCAGAAGACCCUCAAGGACCUGAAACUGGACUAUCUGGACAUCUAUCUUAUUCACUUUCCGCAGGGAUUACAGGCUGGGAAGGACUGGUUCCCUAAAGAUGAUAAAGGCAAUUUGAUCCCCGGUAAAGCAACAUUCUUGGAUGCCUGGGAGGUCAUGGAAGAGCUGGUGGACGAGGGGCUGGUGAAAGCCAUUGGGAUCUCCAACUUCAACCACUUCCAAAUCGAAAGGCUCUUGAACAAACCUGGACUGAAACAUAAACCAGUGACUAACCAGAUCGAGUGUCACCCCUACCUCACGCAGGAGAAGCUGAUCCAGUACUGCCGCUCUAAGGGCAUCACUGUCACUGCCUACAGCCCCCUGGGUUCCCCAGAUAGACCUUGGGCCAAGCCGGGGGACUCUUCACUACUGGAGGAUCCCAAGAUUAAGGAGAUUGCAGCAAAGCACAAGAAAACCACAGCCCAGGUUCUGAUAAGGUUCCAUAUCCAGAGGAAUGUGGCCGUGAUCCCCAAGUCUGUGACACCACAACGCAUUGCUGAAAACUUUCAGGUCUUUGACUUUCAAUUGAGUGAUGAGGAGAUGGCGACCAUACUCAGCUUGAACAGAAACUGGAGGAUCUGUGUCAUGGAACAAGCCUCUCAUUUGGAGGAUUAUCCCUUCAAUGCAGAAUAUUGAAGCUGAAUCUCCAGAUGUGAUUAUCAGUGGAUUCUCUAUCUUCAAAUUACUGAUGUGUACCUCCCUCUACAAGCAUUCAAUUUUAGCCAGGCUUUUCUGAAAUCAUACUGAAUGUGGCUCUGCUGCAUGUCAGAAUGCAGUAUUAUAUCCAAACCAGAAUGUUCAACCAGGAGCAACUAAUUAUUGGGAGAUUAAACACCGAAAAACAAAUAAAAGCGUCUUUUACUUAUUUGAUCAUAUGUUUAUUAACUACUGGGAACUCUGCUUCCACUUAGAACAAACAGAUUUAAAAAAGGGUAAUGAAUAACAACAUUUAUUGAGAGUUUACUAUACUGCCAACACCAUUUGAAGUGCUUCUUGUAUGUGUUAACUCACUGACUCCUUGCAACAACCCCCUGCUGGUAGAUACUCUUAUUAUUCAUAUUUUCAGAAGAGCUAACAGAGACAUGGGGUGGGGAGAGCAGGUGACUUCCUCAAGGCCGCACAAGUUGUGGGUGGCAGGGCCAUAGAUUCAAAGACAGGCAGGCUCUGGGAGAGCUCACACUGAUUUGUC